AUGAAGAAUACAAGUUCAAAUGAUGUCAGACAAUUAACCACAGUUGCACACUUGAUGACAACAGAGAGAAGGUGGAAUGCACCGCUUAUAUGGAGAUGCUUCCAGGAGCAAGAAGCAAAGUUAAUCAUGGCUACGCAUAUACCAAGUGACUGUGUCCAGGAUACCUAUCAGUGGGAGUACACAAAGAAUGGUAAAUAUACUUUUAAAUCAGGUUACUGGCACAUCCAGAGCAAGACCAACGCCCCCCCUUUAGGCACUGAUAAAUUCUGGGCGAACAUGUGGCGUUCGAGCCUUCUCCCUAGAUGGAAGCACUUUGUUUGGAAGCUCAUCCACAGAGCCCUCCCUACAAAAACAAACUUAUGCAAAAGGGGGAUCGAUAUCGAAGUGACAUGCCCCUUCUGUAAGGGUCAAACGGAAACGGACUUACAUAUUUUUCGACUUUGCCCAACUGCGCAAAUGGUUUGGCGAGCAAGCCCAUUGGGCAUUGUUUCCGAGUCUCAGGCUAUGGUCCCUAUGCAAACUUGGUUGAGAAACUUCCUCAAUCUUUUCUUCAACCAAGACGGGAAAGACGAUUCAAGAGCAGUUCAGUUAACAGCCACCCUUUGGGCCAUCUGGCUACACCGAAACGACAUCAUUUUUCGUGGCGUGAGUGUAAACCCAAACAGAAUUUUGGAGGUAGCACAGUCACACGUCCAUUCUUGGAAGGAAGCACAGGAAGCAAAACUGAUGCAGCAACAACAUUUAAAUUGGAAACAACCUGGAGAAAUCAACUUGACUAAGAUUUCAAUGUGGAAAGUAGGGAAGUGCAGCAACCUGGGUUUCUUCUCUAUUUUAGUGGAUGCAGCGUGGUACAGAAAGAAGAACUCAAAACAGAAACAAUGGGAAGCAGCUGUAGCAUGGGCAGAAGAUGACAACCAGACCAUUAGCUGUUCAGGCGCCAAGAGGAUCUUUCCACAAGAUGCCUUACAAGCGGAAUGCUACGCAAUCUUGGAGGGAAUCAGAGUUGCUAGUGGGCUUGCGCGCAACGUAAUUCUCAAAACAGACUGCAAGGUAGCUGUGGAGGCAAUACGAAAUGAAAAUCAAGCCCACUCACACAUAGCAACUAUCAUCAGUGACAUUCGCAAGGAAGCAACCAUGCUAGACUUCUUUGUAUGUUUAAAAGUUAGUAGGAAUGCUGUAGUUAAGGCCCAUAAUCGUGCCCAGCAAGAGAGAAAAGGUCUUGGGUUAUAG